AUGCGGCUUCAAACAAAGGUCGAUGUUGGUGUUGUUGGUGGGUCAGAUCUUAGCAAAAUAUCCGAACAGAUGGCGCUGCAUAAAAUAAAACACGUUUUCUCCGAAAAUGGACUAGUUGCAUUCCGGGAAGGUGAGCUUAUAAGUAAAAUGGUAAUCAAGCCCCCCUCUCCUUACGACAUUACUGUACAACUGGGCGAGGAGUUACUUCAGAAGUUGAUUAACUUCAUCUUGCGGUAUCUGUCUGAGAUAAUACUACCUAUUAAGCGGGGCACCUUUGUGGAAUUCAGAAAGGGGAUGCUGAACAUACACAAAAUUCGGGAAAAGAUGGUGGAUGUCCUGAAAAAGGAGUUCGCCAACGAUGGCCUCGAAUUUAGCAUUGGUAAGACACGCUUCCUCCCCCCUCAAUUUUCCUUUACAGGUGGACAGAUUAGCAUAGACAUUUUCCCGACGGGUUGGAACAAAUGUUUCUGCCUUCGAUUUCUGACGGACUACAAGACAAUCCACUUUUUUGGAGACAAAGCCAUGCCGGGCGGCAAUGAUUACGAAAUCUUCUCCGAUCCCCGCGUUAUUGGCCACAGCGUCACUUGCCCUGAGGAUACACAAAAGCAACUACGAGAGUUGUUCUCAAUCUGA